AUGGCCGUUGGGGUUGAUACAUCAAAAUGGAAACCUAGAAAAAUAAAAGGAACUCCAGCUGCAACAUUCCGAAACUUUUUAGGAGCUGGUGCGCUAAGUAUUGGAUUAGCAUGUGGAGUAUUUUUUCAUUUUACUUCAAUUACGGAAAAUUUACGCAAAUCCGUUUAUGGAUUGUAUGAAGAUCCUAUAGAAGAAGUUGAAAGAAGACAAAUGAUUGCCAGUGGGCUACCCAAUAGAUCGGACACUAGACAAUGCGUUAGGAGUAAAUACUUUAUCAGCAAGACUGCUAUGGAUGAAAGUCUCUCUGACUUUCAGGAGACUAAACAUAGUUGUAAAGGUCCUAAAACUGCACAAAAAGUAGUUAAAACAAAAUCUAGAAAAGUCACAAAGCGCAUUAAAGGCCAAAAAGAUAUACGAACAGCUCUAAAAGGCAAGAAAAAUGAAUUAUUAUCAUAUACUAAAGAGUUUGAAAAUGUUUGUAAAAAGUCUGGCAUUGAUGUGGAUUCUGAACAUCUACAGGUUGCUAUAGCUUUGUCAAAAUCACUUCAAACUGAGGUCACUGAUGAUGUUUCAACUUUGCAACAAUUAACAACUCAAGGAAGAAUAGCAAAAAUAAAAACCACUUUACAAGAAUAUGGUUUUAAAGUGCCAGAUACAAAAAUCACUAUCAAUCGUAAGAUUAAAAAGCAUAGAAAGCAGUAUAAACUUCUCAAUAUAACUGAAGAAGUAAAACAUCAGAAAAUAAGAAACAAAUAUUCUCAAAUAUUAUUUCAAACAUUGGACUAUGAAUUAAGUGUGGGAUCAUCUUAUCAAUCCUGUACGCCAAUUUAUAGUUUAGCUACUAAUUUAGAGUAUGAAUUUAUGAAAAAUAAUAACAUUUUUUAUGUUAAUAGUUUAGCUAAUAUAAUAGAAAGAUCUACAAAAAUUGGCUCUUUAUUAAGAAAUUGGGCUGAAAUACCUGGCAGACCUAUAAGUCCUCAGCUUUUAAAAAAAAGUACAAUGGAUUUUAGUGAAAUAGUGUGCUCACAGGAUGAGCUAGAUGUUAUACUAAGUGGAUCUAUAAAAAGUGCACAUAGAAUUAUUGAAACUAAAACAUUAGAUAAAGCAAUGGAUAUAGAUUGUACUAUAACUAAAGUUGAACUAGAAAGUGAAGGAAACAAGGAAAUUAUAGAAAUUCGUAAUAAGGAUGAUAAAUUUGAUCAUAUUACAUUUGAUGUUGAUAAAGAGGUUCAUUUAAAUGAAAACAUAUCAAUAUCACCUGCUACAGAAAUACUAAAAUGUGAAAAUGUUAUAGUUAUAGCAUCUAAUAGUACUCUUACAGAUCGAGAGCAGUAUAGAAGUUGUUCUCCAGAUAUAUUUGAUGAUGAAGUGUCUUGCAUAAUGGAGUCAACUAAACAAGUUUCAUCACAAGGGCAGAAAACUGAAGUCUUUACAGAAGAAGGCAAUAGUAUGGAUUUGACUGAAUGUGCUAAUAUCCACUUUGAAAAAGCCUCUGCUUUUCCAAAGUCUUUGUCUAUAAAUGCAACUAAAAUUAUUCAUGAUGAUUAUAUGGAGAUGACUGAAUGUGCUAUAAGUGCAUCACAGGGUAUAAAAGGAAAUGUGAACGAAAUAGAUUUGACACAAAGUCCUGAUGAAAAGUCUAUAAUAGAAAAGAAUUGUUAUGCUUUAAAUUAUAUUGCAGAAAGUCCAGAGUACAGUUUCAGUCAAAGAAAUUUAGACAUAGCUGAUCACACAGUAAGUGAUACUGAAGAAGACAAUAAGUCAAUUGUUGACAAAAUUUCUAUAGAGUGUAUAGACUUUAUUACAAAUUCUUCUAUUGCUAACAACAAAAUUGGCACAAUAGGUGAACUCCAUGUUGACAAUCCAAGUGAUAAUAUUGAUCUAACACAAAGUUCUAAUGAAAAUGAAAAUAAUAUAUUGGAACAUAACAAUAAAACAACAAUCAUACAAGAGAAAGAUGUAUCAAAUGAAAAAAUUGAAUCUAUGUAUCUAACUCAGUCAUCGAAAUCUAGUGUUGAGAGUGGUGAUUUACCUGAGAUCAAUCUAGGUAAUACACAAAAGUGUCAGAUAAACUUAGAUGAUACAAUAAUUUUAAAAGAAGUUGAAUAUUUAAGUGCUAAUGAUAAUGUAAAAAAAUUAGUAGUCACAGAAGAUGAUCAGAUAUUUGACUUGACUCAAGCAGGAGAGGAAUUUACAGAAGCAAAUGAUCAUUUUAGCAAGGAAAAAAUCUCAGAACUAAAUAGUCAAAGUUUCUAUGAAGACUUUAUACAUGAUCACUCAGACAGCCAUGAAAAUAAUACCAGUGUUGUACAUGGCAAUGAAAAUAAUAGUGGUAAUAAUCUAAGCAAAGAAAAUUUAGACAUAGAUUUAACACAAACAUCAGAUAGUUCUACAGAAAGUAAUGAUUCUCCAAAACCAAUCACUGUUAAAAAUAUUCCUAACAAUAGCAGUCUUGGAAAAAAAGAUGAUAUUUCAAUAGAUUAUGAUGAAAUCUGUGAAGAUGAAGGUGAUGAAAGCAGUCGUAAAGAAAACUCCUUAAAUUUAGAUCAAGAUAGUUCAAAUGUACUACCACAAACUGAUAAUAAUGUAGAAAUUGUUGAUAGUAACAAUGAUUUAACAUCAAAUGCCAGUCAAACUUCUGAAGUGUUUGACUUAACUGAUAAAGAACUUGACUAUUCUCUUUAUAAGUCAAGACUUGACCUUCCAAUAGCAAAUUUUGACUAUGAUUUCGAAGGUAUAUCAGUUAUGAAUGACAACAAUAAAAAUGAAAAUUUAAAAAAUUCUUUAUCCUAUUCAGCUAGUAAGAGCUGUACUUUAGAAGAAAGUUUUUUACCCGAAGUGAACAUAAGAAAUGGGAAAAUCAUAGAAGAAAAGGAUGAGAUUGAUGCUUGUAGUUCGUCAAACAAAGAACAUAAUACAAAUCACAGUAGUGACAGAGUUCCGGUAGUGACGCCUAAAAACAGUGAAUAUGUAAUCAAAACAAAUAAUGUUACACCAAUGUUAGAUUAUGCAUUAUUAACAACACCUCAACGGAAUAAGGAGCUAGAUAAAUAUGGAUUAAAACCUUUUAAAAGGAAAAGAGCAAUACAAAUCCUCACUCACUUAUAUAAUCAAACACAUCCGGUAAUUGAAACUUAUUUAGAUGACGAACAACAAUCUCCUCCUAAAAAGCGCAGACAAGAUUCAUCUAUUCCUCUGGAAGUCACACCAACAACACUACCGCUACAGUCACCUAGAAAGCUUGAAAGUGGUAAUCCAAAUGCAAAGUCUCCACGAAAGCAAGUCACAAUGCGUAGUUCAAAAUCUCCUAGGAAUAUCAUAGAAGAUAAUGAAAAUAUGAAUUCUCCGAGGAAGAAACAGAACUGCAGUCAAGCAAACGUAAAUACUUAUGAAAUAACAAGUGACUUGCCAAAUAUUAAGUGUGUACAUUGUGAUCCUGAGGAUUGGGUGUUUCAGAAAAGAGAGAAAGCUAAGGUCCACUCAUGUCGAGUACCAUUACACAUAGCUUUCCACAACUACGUAUCAAGUCGACGAAGUCUCAGAGAAGCUAUUCUGAAAUAUGAGCCGGUUAACAUUGACAUUAUACAUAAGGACUUAGUCUCAUAUGGCCAUCGAUAUGAUCCGAAGGACCUAUUAAGAUUCUUAGACAAGAAAUGCAUAACGGUUAAAACUGCAGACAACAACGCUAGGAAUAAAAUAUAG